GCUUAAUCAGCAUCCACACAAUUAGCAUUUUCUGAGAAACAGAUACUAGCUGCAUAUUAUAAUAUACUGUGAAAGUUAAAGAUAAAUGUAGUUCUAUAAUGAACGGCAGGGAAAUUUGAAAUGCAAAUCUACGUAACAGGGUUACACUUGUUAAAAGGACACAGUCUAGUCAGAUUGGAAAAAUUUAAAGUUUUUUAAAGAAGCUUUGGUCUACCCAUGGUGUUAGCACAUGACUAGAUAAUGUCACUUCCGGUGUGUCAGAAUCAAAAUCAAAAUUAGAUUCAUAUCUUAUGUGAGUUGUUUUAUAUAUUUAUAGUUUUUAUACUUGACAUGCAAUCAAAUUUCAAAUAACAUUUUUGAACCACUUUUCUAACACCUGGGUUUACAUAUUGCAUCAAUACAAGUAUAAUUUAAACAACAAAUGUAUAUUUUAGCAUGUGCAUUGAUCAGUUUCGAUUCAUGAUUGGGAAAGAAAAUGUUUAGCAAUACUAGAAUAGCCCAUAUAAUGACAGUUAAACUUUUUAAAUACUGCUCUUAGAAAAUACUUCACCUCAGCUGAAAAAGUACUGAAAAAAAUCUAACAAAAAAUGCCCAAAAAAUAAAUUAAAAAAAUUAAGUGUACACAAUUUUAACUUGGUACUUGGUACUCAUUCUUGAUAGAGUGCUAUGACAAUGACUGUAUUUAAGAUCUUGAAUAAAAAAGAUUGAUUUUGGAUAGGUACAUUUUUAUGUGCUAUAAUAAAAUGUUAUAAAAUGAUUAAAUAUCCUUUCAGAAAUAACAGAUUUUUUUUAAUCCACAGAGACACACCUGGAGUGCUUACUAAAAGAUCUUGGUUUACAACGGUACUACACAAAGAAACUGUCACUGAGCAAAUUACUUGAGAUUGAUAAGAUGACCAUCACUGAUGAACCUGCCAAGAGUAACUCAGACUUCCCAUGGUAUUUUCUAAAGAAGCUGAUGAUGGUUAAUGUGGCUGCUAGGAAUAUGACAUCUACAUCGGAUUGUGAGUCUGAUGAUGAAUCAGGGAAUGAAGAGGAUUCUGACAGUUCAAACACAGAUGACAUGCCAAACCCACUCGACAUAAUCACUGCUCUCUUUCUGUGUUCUGAUGGUUUUGUACAGCAGGAAAUGGCACUAAAAAUGUCCACAUGUCAGUUCUCUGUUCCUUUGCUGCUUCCAAAUUGUGACACCAAUCAGUGCACACUCAUGCUGUGGGCCAUGAGAGACAUUGUUAAAAAGUACAGACCUCAGUCUCUGUCAGAGUCCAAGGGCUUCAUUGAAGACAGAAUCGUUCUCUCUGAACUUCCAAUGAUCUCUUUUGUCAGACUGGGUGAGUGCUCCUCAUCCAAGUCAGAGAUUCUCAAUAAGCUUCUGAGCAAUUCUCAGCAGUACCAUGACACCUUUGUUCAUCGCAACAUGGAGUGUGGUGACAGUCCAAGAAGAAUAUCCAACGGACUGAUUGAAAUUACUUGGUAUCUUCCUUGUGGAAACACAAACAUUGAUAUUUUCAGUCAGCCAGUGGCUGUAGCUAACCUUCGUGGGGACAUUGCUUCAUUUAAAACACAAUACUCCUUUUUGUGUCAGACAUCUGCAGCAGUUUUUGUGUUCUUUGACCAUCUGGACUCUGAGUGCAGUGUACUUACCAACCAACACCACAAGGCUCAGAUCUUCUUGGUGGGCAAGGAAGAGAGCAAACGCUGCACUUUAGAUGCUUUAAAUGAAGUGGAAACUAAGUUGGGCUUAACUAAGAACAAUAUCAUUAUUAGGAAAAAGCAGAACAAUGAUGCAGACUUUGUAAAAAAAUUGAGGCAAAAAGUUAGAAAUGUGAUUAAGAAAUCGAAGAACAUGACAAUAGAUCAGAUGGCAGACAUUGCACAUGAACUGGGAAUCCUGGUUGAUGAAGACUCUCCAGAGUGCCAGAGUGCAAAGAAAAAUGCAAAAGCCAUCACUGCAGAAAUUCAAGACAUCCUUAAGUACAAAGAUGAUCACCUUCCUCGGCAAGGUAAAAUAUGGAAAGAACUGACCUGCUUAGAGAAGGAAGAAUUUCGGCUUAGAAAAGUUGGCUCUGGAAAUAUAGAAGAUUACACAAGUCAACUUCAGAAAGACAGAAAAGAACUGCGGAAAAAGCAGAACUCUUAUGACAUGUCGACAGCUAUGACAUGUUUCAUUAAUGCAAUAUCAAGCCCAGGAACAGAGAGGUUUUAUUUCCUGAAAUGGAUGCGAAUGAACCUGGAUAACAUGUCUCGGAUAAAACUUUCUGAACUUCAGGAGAAAUAUAAAGAAAAAUGCAAGAACUGUGAGAACAAAGAGGAGAUCAAAGAAAUUGACAGACAAAUUUCCAACAGCUCACUGGGGACUGAACACUUCUUCCGUGAAAUGGGUCAGAUCUAUGAAGCCUCACUGUCCCUUCCACAAACAGAUCCAGCACGUCAACAGCUGCAGCAUCUGCCCAAACUGUGUGCAGAGUUGUUGCUUGAUGGAUUUCCUCUUGAGCUUGUAGAUGGAGAUGCAUCCAACAUCCCUCUCAGAUGGGUGAGUGAUGUUCUCUCUCAGCUCAGUGACUUGAUGUCUCCAAACAGAAAGAUCCUGGUAGUCACAGUUCUUGGAGUUCAGAGCACAGGAAAGUCCACUCUCCUUAACACCAUGUUUGGAGUGCAGUUUGCAGUCAGCAGUGGUCGAUGUACUCGAGGUGCCUUUAUGCUGCUCAUCAAAAUCAAUGAAGACAUGAAAAAAGUCCUAAACUGUGACUUCAUGGUGAUCAUUGACACUGAGGGAUUAAAGUCACCAGAACUUGCACAACUGGAAAACAGCUUUGAGCACGACAAUGAGCUUGCUACACUUGUUGUGGGGCUGAGUGACAUCACCAUUGUUAAUGUUGCAAUGGAGAAUUCAACUGAAAUGAAGGACAUCCUACAAAUAGUUGUGCAUGCUUUUCUCAGGAUGAAGGAGGUGGGCAAAAAACCAAAAUGUCAAUUUGUUCACCAGAAUGUGUCCGAUGUUUCAGCCCAUGAGAAGAACUUACGAGACAGGAAACUGCUCCUGGAACAGUUAAAUGAGAUGACCCAGGCAGCAGCCAGAAUGGAAAAGAAAGAGGAGAACAAGCGCUUCACUGAUGUGAUGGAGUACAGUCCAGACACUGGGAACUGGUACAUUCCUGGACUCUGGAAUGGAAACCCACCAAUGGCACCAGUCAAUGCAGGCUACAGUGAGGCUGUAUAUAAGCUCAAGAAAAACAUCAUCAAACUGCUGGGAAAUUGUGAGUCAUCUGCUAAUGAUGUCAUGGAGUUUAAAGAGUGGGUGACAAGUCUGUGGACUGCAGUAAAGCAUGAAAACUUUAUCUUCAGCUUCAGAAACAGCCUCGUAGCUGAUGCAUACAUGAGACUCUGCACAGAAUUCAACAAAUGGGAGUGGGAAUUCAAAAAAGAAAUGUACACCUGGGUAACAAAUGCAGAAACUAAAAUUUCCAAUUUUGGUACAAUUGCAGCAAAAUCUGAAUCUUCUGACAUGAGAGACUUUCUCAAAUGUUUGAAAAGUGAAGCCUCCACAGUGCUUUCAGCAUGGGAGACAAAACUUCUAGAAAAUUUGACACAGUAUUUCAAGCAAACAGAGGGUCAUGUUUAUCUUGUAGAAGGAUACAGAGAGGAAUUCUCAAACAGUGCAAAGAGCCUUCGAAAGGAAAUGGAGAGAUCUGUUUUUAAUCAGCUCACAGCAGCAGCAGAAAACAGACAGGGGAUGGCAGAAAUUGAUAAAAUCAAAGAAAAUCAUGCACAAGAGAUUGAAAAGGCAGUUCAUGUGUUAAUAGAUACAUGCAGAAAGAAAAAAGCCCAGAUGAAAGACAAAGAGCUGGACAACGAGUUUGAUAAGAUGUGGAAUGAAACACUGAAGAAACUUUCUUUUUCUAAACAAAAGACAACAAAUGUCUUCACCAGCGUAUCUCAUGGCCUGAGAAUCAAUCUGUCACACAGGGGGAGUCAUGCAUGUGAAUUAUUAAGUCAAAAAAGUCUACAAGAUUGUGGAAAAGAGCCUUUCAAAUAUACAAGUGAGAACAUACUUCACAGAGCUAAACACGCAAUGGGCAGAGUGGCUAAAUGGUUCAACAUUGACGAUCACAUAAUGGCUGUACAAAAACUGGCUGACAGCAUCAUAAAUGCCUGCACUCAGUUUGUGAGAGAAAAAGUGAAUAGAAAAAAAAACUACUCUGACACUUACAUCCAGGAGAUUCUACACAUCAUUGAUGAGAAAUUACAAAACAAUCAAGAUGUUAAGACAAACAUUGAGUUUGAAGUUUCUCUGAAACAGCACAUCUGUGGAUUUGCAGCCAGAGAGUUUCAGAAAAUGCACGAAGAUUUCAUCCAAGAAAAUGAUCCCUACAGAUGUCUGAUGAAAAACAAGAAAAGGUUUUGUGAUGAUUUUAAAGAUGUGUUCCAUGAAAGAGACCAGUGUCAGAAGAAGGCAGAAGAAUUCACCAACCGAUGUUUGAAGCCUGCUGUUGAAGAUUUUAUCACUCGAUCCCUAGGACCUGAUAUCACUGGUGAAAUGCUGACAUGUGAGCAGCUCAGCACACGAAUGUCCUUUCAGUAUUCAGUUUUACUGGAUUUACUUUCAAAGGAUGAUUUUAAAAACUAUGUGAGCUAUAUUGACUCAUAUGAGAAAUAUGUCAAGACAUGGAUACUCAACAAAAUAGUGGAGCGCUUCUCAACUGUGUCCACAAUAUCUGAGUUUGAGGACCAACAUCUUAAUUCAUGUAUCAAAAGCAUAAAUGAUGCCAUCAACAAGGCCAAGAAUAAAAAGAGUGAUGAAUUGAAGACAUUUGUUGAAGAUAUUUGUAAAGAACUUGGUGAUAAACUGGUCAUUUCCCAGGAUGCUCUUGGUGCUUUCAUGAUCCUGAACAAUGCUGACAAGAAACAGUUUGCUGACUGGCUCACAGUGUCUGUGAAUGAAAUGGCAGAAGAUCGUAGAAUGAAGUUUGAAAAAGUGCAAAUUGAAAUGAAACUACAGCAUCUCCAUGUGCAGCCCCAGAAUGAGCUUUUCAACAAAUUGGUUGGUUGCGGCAAACAGUGUCCAUUCUGCAAAGCUCCCUGUGAUGCAGGAGGAAGAGCCCAUACUGAGCACUUUGCUCUACUGCAUCGGCCUCAGGGUCUGGGUAGCUACAGGUGGGACACAACAGAAGAACUUAUCACUGACAUAUGCUCCUCUCUCGUUGUCAGUGACAAACGUUUUUACUGCAGUGCUACAAACUAUGAACGGCACCCUUACAAGAAUUACAAGGACUUUUACCCAGACUGGAAAAUCCCCCCAGAUGUGAGCCUUGAGGCAUCUGACUACUGGAAAUUUAUAAUGGCACAGUACAACGAUGAUUUUGCCAAAGAAUUUAAUGCAAAACCUGCUGUUAUUCCAGCAGCCUGGAAAGAAAUCACAAAACAGCAGGCAGAAAAAAGUCUCAAAGAGUCAUUUACCAUCAAGUAACAACGUUCAUUUCUCCACUGUUUAUGUACGUAAGAACACAUCACCAAUAUUAUUUUAGCGGUAUUAAAGAACACAUCUAAGCAUUUUAUUAGGCAAAAUUAAGAUACUGUUAGUGCAAAAUAAGGCAAUUAUUGGUAAUAUUAGUCGCAUUACAUUAGUUUGCAUUUAACACAUUUAAUGUAAAAUAAUCUGACCUCAAAAAUGAUCUGUCUUUUUUGUUUUGUACAUAUUGUUAAUAUAUUCUGAGGCCUAAUCCUUAGAAUAUAUAUUCACUAAUGAUUUUUUUCAGAGAUCAAAUAGAUAUAUGAGCAUUUAUUUUUUUUCACUUUGUUUCUUGUCACAUGCUCACAUUUUGUUAUGUAAACUAAGAUUAAAUGUCUUUCUGUGUCAAGUAUUGACACAUUAAGUUUUCAAAGAUCAGAAAAGGUUGUUUUUUCUUAAAAUUAAUUUCAAUACGUGGCUUUCUUGCUCUGAAUUUAAGAUUUCCCUUUCUUUCAUGGCAUAUCGGAGUUCACAUAUUCACACUUUUAAAAGGACGUAAAGGAUCACUAAUCACUAUAUCCCUAUAUGUGGUAAAGUCCACAAAUCAAGCUAAUUAUUUACUGUUAUUGUGGUGGAUUUUUUGGAUGACAUGUAUAUCUAUGUAAUAGGGGUGCAACAAGACAUGUAUCGGUAUUGAAACGUUCGAUACAGUGCUUUUGGUUCGGUGCGCAUAUGUUUUGAACAAUACAAAUUUUUACAUUUAUUUUAUCAACUUUUCUUCUGACAAUGCUGUCUGUGUAGAGAACUCAGUGGAUCUGCUUUCGACUACUGUGUCUAGGCUGCAUUGUCGAGCGCAGAUCCACUAGUGAUGGGAUUUCCGGCUCUUUUUAGAGAACCGGCUCUUUUGGCUCGGAUCACUAAAAAGAGCCAGCUCUUUCGGCUCCCAACUGGCUCUUCAGGU